GCCGUGAGUAAAUGGCCGCCCACCUCUAACUGGAUAUAACGAUUGGGACGAAUUGGAGGUAAAUAUUUAUCAAUAACAGCGGGUGCGCUGCAAUUGCGAAUUGUUUUGAAGCCAAGUGCGAGUCGCCGGUAGCGAAAAUGCACGAGGAUGAUCUAAAGAGUCAGUUGACAAUUGCGCGGAACGAGAUCAACAAUUUGAGGCAGCAAGUGCGCAACCUGCAGCAUGUGCAGCGCAAGGACAUCGAAACGAUAAACCGUCUGCUGCAGGACUUCCGUUGCGAGGGCUGUGCUAGCAACAACAAGAGCGCCAAGGACAAGGUCGCCGGCGAGAAGCAGGAGCAGCCGCAGGAGCCGGGACAAGGUCAGAGCAAUCAAACCAAUGGAGAAAACAGCUCCGGAGAGGACUACGCCCACUUCCGUCCAAUCGGAGUGAUCCGGACGGCCUUCCCGGAGAAACGAGCCGUACCCAGGCAAUCGAUUGUGGGCAGUCGCCUUCGCGGUAUCAUCCAGCUUAACGACGGCGUCUUCACCAAUCCGGAGCACUCGCUGGAGGGCCUGGGCGACUUUUCCCAUCUGUGGCUCAUUUAUCACUUCCAUCGCAAUAAUGCCCAUCCCAAGGCCAAAGUGGCGCCUCCGCGUCUCGGUGGCGAACGGGUAGGGGUGUUCUCAACACGGUCUCCACACCGCCCGUGUCCGAUUGGACUCUCGUUGGUGGAGAUUGAGAAGAUUGAGAACGCCACCAUCAGUUUCUUUGGCACGGACAUGGUGGACGGGACCCCAGUGCUGGACAUCAAGCCCUACAUUCCACACUACGAUGCGCCAUCCUUGAGCGUAGACUCAGGUACGUUGGGUGACGGUAAACCGGGAAGUCAACUAAAAUUCUUGCCCCGGACAGGACGCAGCUCUGUAGGACCCCAUGAGAACAGCCUGGACUUUUACGACUCCCGGCAGGAGCCCGACGGAGAGGAAUCUGACCUGGAGCUUUACGGAGCAGCUGGUUUUACCGGGAAUGCGGGCAUUGGAGCAAAUGCCAUUCUGCCGCCACCGUGCGCUGUGCGAGUGCCCAACUGGGUGGUUGCAAGCAAUCGUCUAAACGUAAACUUUAACGAGCAUGCCGAGGCCCAGCUAAAGGAGCUGCAGGUGGAAAAGCAGUGCAUCGUGAACAUUUUGGAGGCGGAUCCGCGCUCUGUUUACUUGCGCACAAAAUACGGAUCGCAAAUAUUCACCUUCCAGCUGCGGGAGGUCACAGUGACGUGCAAAUUUGAUGACAAGGCCGCUACGGUGACUGUUGUACAGGUCAGGCGCAAUGAGAACGUGCAGGUUACCGCCUUGGACGGCGAUCUGCGCAGCGCCUAACUUACGGAUUAUUGCAAUUGAUAUUCGUUUAUGAACGAUUUGUGUUUAGAUUAAGUAUUUCGUGUUGGGGAGCUUUAACCUUUGGCGUUUUAAUGUUGAUUUAGGACACAUGACAUUCUUAAAUAUAUGCAUUAGGCUUGUUUCCCACGCUAA